AAUAAAUGGUUCAAAUAUAGAUGGAGUAAGAAUUGCUGCUUGUUACCCUAUUAGAGGUUCGAGAGGGAGGGAGAGAGAGAGAGAGAGGAUGAGCAUGAGGAUUAAGAGUUUGUUACAACCAGUCUACAAAAGAAGUUACGGAGCUCCUCAAUCACCUUUGUCCUCAAUCACGAGCUCCUCUCUCUCAACCCACCAACAAACCUAAACCCUCACUCUCCCUUUUCUUCUUCUUCUUCUAGUUGUUACUGUAACCAUCACCCUUUCCAUGUGGGUUUUUCUAUUCCUUCAAAACCCACCACCACUACUACUACUACGCCUCAAGAUAUUGAUGAUCAAAAUCAGGAAACCUUACUUGACUCCUCCAGGAGAUCAGGAAACAUUAGCAUCAUGGACACAAGGCAAACAAAAGGAGUACAAAGAGAAUAAGAAAAAAAGAUGCAAAUGCGUCACUCAACAUACAAUAGGGGAUGAACUGGAUGACGAGGUAGAACCCAUUGAUUUGUGGGAAGAAGAAGACGAUGCUGAGCCUGAGAUUGGCGAUGGAGGGGAUGGUGGUGGAGUUGUCCUGCAAAAUUGCCCUUGGGGUGAACGUGCUCUAUCAAUAGCCCAUGAAAUCCUGCUGCAGUUUGGUGAUGAUAUGAAACUCUAUGCUUUUAAGACUACGCCUCGGGGAUACAUUUAUGUGAGACUAGACAAACUUUCAAAUGAAUAUGGUUGUCCCAGUGUGGAGGAAAUUGAGAGUUACAGCCACCAAUACAAAAAAAGAUUAGACGAAGUUGGGGCAUUGGGAGAAAUACCUGAUGAUUUGGCUCUUGAGGUGUAUCUCCCAGUGCAGAGCGGUUACUGAAAGUUCCAGAUGACAUGAAUCGAUUCAAAGACAUGCCUAUGAGAGUAAGCUAUGUAGAAGAUCUAGAAUCUAAAUGUCCGGAAAAAAAUGGAGUAUUUUACUUGGACUCGAUUAAAACUGAAUCAGGGAGCUGCGUAUGGAGGCUGGCAGGUGUGAAGGAAAACAGAGACCCGUCAGCAAAAGGAAGACCGUUAAGCCGUAAACAGAAGGAUUGGAGAUUAGAACUGCCAUAUGCUAUGUUAAAAAAGGUUACUCUGUUUCUUGAUUACUGAUUCGUAUUUUAUGUUUCAGAACUGUCAUGCAUGGCCUCAAGAGCCUACUGAUACAUUUUUGACUUUUGGAAUAUAGUAGUUGAAAAGGGUUGAAAUUAGAAAUUAAUAUUUGGUUAGAAAAUGAUGAAUGAGCAUUAUCGGAGUGACAACUUAGUCUUU